ACUCUCUAUCCAUCCUCCAUUGCUUCUCCUUGCUGUUGUUUUUCUCUCUACUUCCCUCUCUUUCUCUCUCUCUCUCUAGAGUUCUCUCUCUCUGUGGACCAUGGCGGACAAUGGCUCAGCUUCGAAGAGGCUAUGCCAGGUGCCGGAGCGAGCGAAGCUACACUUGGCAAUGUUGGCCCUGCAGUUCGGCUACGCUGGUUUCCAUGUCGUCUCCAGAGCCGCGCUUAACAUGGGUGUUAGCAAACUCGUGUUUCCAGUUUAUAGGAAUAUCAUCGCCUUGCUCCUUCUCCUGCCCUUUGCCUAUUUCCUUGAGAAGAGGGACAGGCCUGCCCUGACGGUUUCGUUUGCCGUCCAAUUCUUCCUCCUCGCUCUAUGCGGGAUUACAGCGAAUCAAGGCUUCUACUUGCUGGGCUUGGAGCUGACAUCCCCGACCUUCGCCUCCGCAAUUCAAAACUCCGUCCCCGCCAUCACGUUCCUCAUGGCCGCCGCCCUCAGGCUUGAAGCUGUCCACAUAAAGCGAAGAGACGGUAUCGGUAAGGUGGCGGGCACCCUCCUGUGCGUGGGAGGUGCAUCCAUCAUAACCCUCUUCAAAGGCCCGGUGAUCAUAUCCCACGACCCCUCGCCCACUCUGACGCUCGUGAUGGGCUCGAGGGCCAUAGCCACUGGGCUCGGCGCCGACUCCAAGAACUGGACCCUGGGCUGCAUUUUCUUGAUUGGGCACUGCCUGUCUUGGUCAGGUUGGCUGGUUCUGCAGGCUCCCGUCCUUAAAAAAUAUCCCGCACGCCUUUCGGUAACAUCAUACACAUGCUUCUUUGGGGUGCUCCAGUUCAUGGUCAUAGCAGCUUUUAUGGAGAGAGACUUUGACGCUUGGACUAUUCACUCUGGUGGAGAGCUCUUUACCAUCCUAUACGCGGGUUUCGUGGCUUCGGGGAUCGCCUUUGCAGUUCAGAUUUGGUGCAUUGAUAGGGGUGGCCCCGUCUUCGUAGCUGUGUACCAGCCUGUCCAGACCUUGGUCGUUGCCAUUGUUGCAUCCAUUGCCCUAGGCGAACAAUUCUACCUCGGAGGGAUUAUAGGUGCAGUGCUCAUUGUAGGUGGCCUGUACCUUGUUCUCUGGGGAAAGAGUGAAGAAAAGAAGCUGAACAAAGAAGCCAUUACUAGCAACACAAGUAGCCAUGAAAUCAGCCAUGCUCACUCCACCAAAACCCUAACUCAGCCUCUUCUCACCUCUUCCACUGUCGCCGAGGUUGUUUAGUGAUCGAAAAAACCCAAAAAAAGGAAAAAACCGUCACCGAGGUUGUUUAGUGAUUGAAAAAACUCAAGAAAACGGAAAAAAAAAAAAAUUAAGAGAGAGAAGAAAAAACAGCAAAAGUGUGUGUAUUGUAUAGCUUAGCUGCUGGCUUUGGGUUUUAAUAUGCGGCUAACCUAACCGCGCCUGCAUGUUUUGUUACCUUCCCACUGUUUUGCUCUUUGUAACCGAGAUAUUUCGUAAAUGAUUGUUUGGUAUGCAGUUAUUCACACUUCUCUUUGUCA